AUUAAAAAAAAAAAAUGGAAGAAACAUUUGAAAGAAUUCGGGGUCAAAUUAAUUCCAAACUUGAUAAUCAAAAACAAAUAUCAAUAACAUUAUUAGCAAUAGAAGAAACGAUAAAAGAACAAGAUAGUCCGUUAAAUGCCACGUCAUAUUUUGGCGCUUUACUUAUAACAUUAGAACAACAACUUGUUAAAAAACAACAAUUGUUACAACAACAGCCACCACCAACAACAACAACAACUAAAACAACAACAACUACUACUACUACAACUUUAGUAGAAGAAAAUAAUAAUAUAAUUGGAUCAAUAUUAUAUUUAUUAAAUAUUGUAUUAAAAGAAUUACCAGCGAAUAUAUUAAAAAAUAAAUAUUUUACUAUAUUAACAAUAUUUUCUACAUCAUUUGAAAAUAUAGAAAAUAAUAAUGAUUCAUUGAUUUUAAGAAGUAUAGUAGGAUGUUUAGAAACUUUAUUAUCCGUACAAGAUGAUAUAAAUGUUUGGCAACAAUUUCAAACCAAAAAAAUUUUUCAAAAUUUAUUAAUAUUAUCUAUUGAUAAUAGACCUAAACCAAGAAAAAAAGUUCAUGAUAGUAUAAAAAAAAUUUUAUUUUCAAUCUCUAAAAAUAAUGAUGAAAAAUCAUUAGGAAAAUUUAAACAUCCUGCUAUUGAUAUGACAGUAGAAUUUUGUAUGAAAAUACUUAAAGAUUAUAUUAAAACUGAUCAAACAUCAGUUUUACAUAUUUUAAGUUUAUUAAAAGGAAUUAUUGGUAUAUGGACAACAGAAAAUCUUUAUUCAUUAUGUGAAAUAUUAAUCAAUAUACCAAAAUAUAAUCAAAAAUAUUUAACUGUAUCAUCAUUUCAAUUAUUUGAAAUAUUAUUUCAAAAUAAUUCAAAAGGUUUUAUCCUUGAAGAAGGAAACGAGGGAGGAAAUGGGGGAGGAAACGUACAACUGCAACAAUUGCAAUUGCGACAACAAGUACAACAACGACAACAACAUCGAUUUAAAGAAUUGUUGAUUUCAUUGACGGAUUUAAUGCCAAAUAUAAAAGAUGUACAACUUUUACCACAAUGGUUAAUGAUUAUAGCAAGAGGGUUUCCUAUAUAUGUAGAAUGUAAUAAAAAUGAGAGUGAAAUGAUGUUACAAGAAUUUUUCAUCAAAAUUUUUGGAAUUUUAGAAAGUGAUAAUUCUGAUAUUAUAGUAUCAGCUACUGUAUGUCUUUGUGAACUUGUUUCUUCAGGAAUUACAGAUAAUAUGAUUCAAAAAGAAUUAAAUUAUAUUAAAUCAAAUCAUCAAGUUCAACGAGAAAGUUGUUUAAAUAUUAUAAUUUCAACUUUAGAAAAUAGUUUUACUUUUAAAUAUCAAAAUGCAUGGCCAGGAAUUUUUGAAAUUAUUAAAGAAUUAUUUGAAAGAUUUCAUAAAUCUUCAUAUCCAUUAUUAAAUAAUUUAUUAAAAAUUGUAACAGAUAUUAGAAUGGAUAAAACUUUUGAAUUUAAAGAAGAAGCGGAUAUGGUUAUAGGAUCAGCUAUAGAAAAUAUGGGACCAAAAUAUCUUUUAAAUAUAAUUCCAUUAAAUUUAGAAAUUAAUAAUAAUAAUAAUAAUAAUAAUAAUAUUGGUAGAGCUUGGUUAUUACCUUUACUUAAAGAUCAUAUUAUAAAUUCGGAAUUAGGAUAUUUCUUAAAAGAAUUUAUACCUUUAAGUAAAAGAUUACAACAAAAAUCUUUAGAAUUUCAAAAACAAAAUCGUUUAAUUGAAUCAAAAAUUUAUGAUACUUUAUAUCAACAAAUUUGGUCUUUAUUACCAGGAUUUUGUAAUUUACCUAUAGAUUUACAAAAAACUUUUAAUAAAUCUACAGGGGAAUUAUUAAGUAAUACUAUGUAUCAACAACCUGAUUUAAGACCUAUAAUAUCAUUAUCAUUACAAAAAUUGGUUGAAAAAAAUAAGGAAUUAUUAAAUUCUGAAAAGGAUGAUCAAGAAUUAAAAAAAUUAUUAAAUAUUGAUAAGAAUGAUGCGAAAAAUAAUUUGGAUUUAAUAUCAAAACAUUCAAAUAAUUAUUUAGCAGUAUUUUUUAAUGUAUUAUCUGAAACUUUACCUUCUUUUAAAAAUUAUCUUUUAGAAGUUAUAAAAGUUUUUUUAUCUAUAACUUCAUUAAAAGAUAUUAAUAACGUUUACGUUAAAGUUAUUAAUAAUCUUAAACAAUCUUUAUCAAAUUCACAACAACAACAACAACAACAACAUCAUCAACAAAAAAAUGGUAAAAAUGUUGAAGCACCACCUCCAAUGUCACAUACAAUGUUGGAUUUAACAAUUGUUAUGACACCUUACCUUAAUAUAACAUCAAUUAAUCAAUUAUAUGAAAUUAUAACAAAUUUAAUUUUUAAAGAUGAUCCUAUAUUACAAAAAAAAUCUUAUAAAAUAUUAAAAUCAUUAUCUGAAACUGAUGAUGGUAAAAAUGUUAUAAUAAAAAAUAUUGAAGAUUUACAAAUCAAAUUAAGAGAUUCUACUAUUAAUACUACAUCAUCAUCAAAAAAAGAUAGAUUAUUAACUUUAAGUAAUAUAAUAAAAUUAUUACCAGAUACUGAUCUUCAUAUGAUACCUGAUAUAUUAUCAGAAGUAAUAUUAAGUACGAAAGAAGUUAAUGAAAAAUCUAGAUUAGCAGCUUAUGAUUUAUUAAUUAUAAUGGGUAAUAAAAUGAAAAAUGGUGGAAACAUUAUUAUGAGUAAAAUAUUAGAAUCAAAAGAAUCUGAUAAUACUUCAUCAUCAUCAUCAUCAAGUAUUAAUGCUAAUAUAGAUGAAUUCGUAUUUAAUAUGGUAAUAGCAGGAUUGGCUGCAACUACUCCUCAUAUGAUAAGUGCUACUAUAACUACUUUAUCAAGAUUAUUAUUCGAAUUUAAAAAUGAUCUUAAUAAGGAUUAUAUACAUAAAUUAAUUGAUACCAUGAAUAAUUUUGUUAAUUGUACGAAUAGAGAAAUUGUUAAAUCAGCUUUAGGUUUCGUUAAAGUUACAACUAUUUCUUUAGAUUUAGAUAUAAUCAAACCUCAUUUAAAUCAAAUUAUUACUGGUUUAUUAACUUGGUCAAAUGAACAUAAGAGUCAUUUUAAAGUUAAAGUUAGACAUAUAUUUGAAAGAUUAAUUAGAAGAUUUGAUUAUGAUACUAUAGAAAAAUUUGUACCUGAAAAUGAUAAAAAAUUAUUGGUUAAUAUUAAGAAAAGAAAAGAACGUGCAAAAAGGAAAAAGAUUGCUGAUGAAUCAAAAAUGAAUAUAGAUAAUGAUAAUGAUGAUUUUGAUCAAAAUCGUAAAAAUAAUGAUGAUGAUGAUGAUGACGAUGAUGAUCGUAUUGGAAAGUUUAAAGGAAAAAGAUCAAUGUUUAAUAAUGCAUAUGAAGAUGCAUUAUAUGGUAGUGAGAGUGAUUUAGAAGAUACUGAUGAUGAUGAUGAUGACGAUGAUGUUGAUGAUGGUAAUACCAAUAAAAAUGGUAAAAUAACAAAGAAAAAUAAGGAAAUUUUAAAGAAAGGAAAAAAGAAAGAUGGUAAAAGUGUUGCUUCUUGGAUUAAGGAAGGUGAUGAUGAUGAUGAUUAUACUCCAGUUGAUUUCUUGGAUAAAGGAAUAAUAUCAAAAGUAAUUGGAGUAAAUCCUUCAAAAACUCGAAAACAAAGAAAAGAUUUUUCAAAAGCAUUUAAAGAAACUCGUGAUGGUAAAAUGGUUAUAAAUGAAUCUGAUGAUUCCGAUGAUUCUGAUGAUUCUGAUAAUGCUUCCGAUAUUGUGAUGCAAGAAGCCGAUGAUAAUUAUACUGAAUCACAAAAAUCAAAUGAUGGAUUUACUCGUGGACGAGGAAAUAAAAUUAAAUUUAAAAAAGGAAAUAAGAAAAAUAAUGAUGAUGAUGAAUGUGAUAAUAUGGAUAUAGAUGAUAUUGAACCUAUUGAUGCUAUCGCUUCAAGAAAUCAAAAGAAACGUAAAAAUAAAGUAAAAAAUAAUAAUAACAAAGUUCUUCCUAUUGGUAAAGAAUAUAAAGCCAAGAAUGCUGGUGGUGAUAUUAAAAAGAAAGGUAAACCUGAUCCUUAUGCUUACGUAUCUUUAUCUUCCGUAUAUAAAGGUAAAAGGCAUAAUCAACAAAAGGGUCCAAAAGUUUCUAUUACCUCAAAAAGUAAAAUACAAAAACGUCAAGGUAUAAAGAAAAGGAAAUAGAUGGUGUAGAUGAUGUAGUAGAUUUUUUUUAGUUGAUUUUUUUAGUUGAUGGAUUUUUUCUUAGUUAUGAUUUCUUUUUUAGCUAUGACUUUUUCUUUUCUUUUUUUUUUGUAUUUAUAAAAAAAGAUAUAUUUGUAUUUGCUAAAAUUUAUUAUCCAAAUAAAAAAAAAUUUAUAUUAAUUAUAUCAAUUAUAAAAAAAUUAUU